AUGAUCCAGUCAAUAAUCUCUGCGGUCACUGGCGAGAAGUCGGAUCCUAGCGAUCUGCAGCUUGCGAACUAUAAAAAAUCAAAUAACCCGAAAGUGAUCAACAUGUCGAAUGGAUGUCCUAUCUACGAUAAGAGAAAUUCGCUUACUGUUGGACCACGUGGCCCUCAACUCAUGGAAGAUAUCGUUUAUCUUGACGAGAUUACCCAUUUCGAUCGUGAAAGAAUUCCAGAGCGAGUUGUGCAUGCUAAAGGAGCAGAAUCCAUGCUGAAGUCGCGAGAAAUUGUUGGAGGUAUCUGCAAGCGACAGUUGAGUAAACAAAGAAGAAUCGCGAAAACAUCCAUCAUGACUAAUGUCAUAUUUACAUCUUUUGCUCACUAUUCGGUUCCUUUGACAGAUUAG